AUGAGUAGCAACAGAACCACCAGGUACAGCAUUGUUUCUCCUGAUGAGGAAAGGCUGAAGAUCUCGACUCUUGGGCUUCACAACGGCCACAGCUCACCUGGGAGCGCCAUGAGCAGUGCCACCGCUAGUGUAGGUGGCUACAACAUGGAGAGCAGCUACAAUGGGAAAAUCUCCACAAGGGGGCGUGGCCAAGUGAGGAGCCGUUUUGUUAAAAAAAAUGGCCAAUGUAACGUUGUAUUCUCCAACAUGGAGGACAAACCACAGCGCUACCUAGCUGAUAUAUUCACAACCUGUGUGGACAUCCGCUGGCGCUACCUACUUCUCAUCUUCUGCACAACAUUCUUAGUGUCAUGGCUGAUUUUUGGAUUGAUUUUCUAUAGUGUGGCCCUCGCACAUGGAGAUUUUGACCCUGAUCAUCAUGAGGAGUGGAAGCCAUGUUUGCUCCACGUGGAAGGGUUUCUUGGCGCCUUCCUGUUUUCAAUCGAGACUCAAACAACGAUUGGAUAUGGCUGGCGCUGUGUCACUGAGGAGUGUCCAGUUGCCAUAGCAACAGUAGUGGUGCAGUCCAUUUUGGGAUGCAUCAUUGACUCAUUCAUGAUUGGUACUAUCAUGGCUAAGAUAGCAAGACCCAAGAAGCGAAAUCAGACGCUGCUAUUUUCCCAAAAUGCUGUUAUAGCACUACGGGAUGGGAAGCUGUGCCUCAUGUGGCGUGUCGGAAAUCUCCGGAAAAGCCACAUUGUUGAAGCUCAUGUCCGAGCACAGCUGAUUAAACCCAGAGUGACAGAGGAGGGCGAGUUCAUCCCACUGGAGCAGACAGACCUGAAUGUGGGUUAUGAUGAAGGAACUGACCGCCUUUUCCUCGUCUCACCUCUUGUCAUCGUUCAUGAGAUUGAUGAAGACUCGCCGCUCUGGGCCAUGAACCGCUCCGAUCUGGAAAACAAUGCCUUUGAGAUCGUUGUAAUUCUUGAGGGAAUGGUAGAAGCCACUGCUAUGACGACACAAGCACGAAGCUCAUACCUGUCCCAGGAGAUCCUUUGGGGUCAUCGAUUCGAACCGGUUGUGUAUGAAGAUCACGAUCGCUACCAAGUGGACUACGCUCGCUUCCACAAGACCUACAUAGUUCCUUCGACUCCUUCUUGCAGUGCUAAGGAGCUCAGUGAAUUAGCGAGCCAUCAGUCGUCCAAAGCGUCGUCACAAUCCGGGACGCCGAUUAGUCGCAGGACCCAUUUUCUGCGACCACCUUGCUCACCAAGUGCGUUCUGUUAUGAGAAUGAAGUGGCUCUGUUCUCUGGAGAAGAGGAGGAUGAGGAAGGAAUAAAUAAGAGCAGAGUAGAGGAUGGUCUGACGACACUAGAAACGGAUCUGACGGCACUAACUACGACUGGCAUUGCGCCAGAAUUCCAAAAAAUGUUCCAGGAUGCUCCAACAGUAACUUCUGGAAACAACGUCCUCUGUGUGCUGGACAUGGACAAUCAGAUGGAGUUUGAUAUCCUUCAGACGUCCAUUCCUCUUGAUCCUCUGACAUACAAAAGCGAAUCAGAGAUAUGA